AUGGCGCCUAUUGCGGCAGCCACGUCAGCUCGUUCGCCCGCUCUUCGCGGGGAUCCUCCCGCCUCCGCGCCUGCCGCUUCUCCCCGUGCUGGUGUUUCGGAGAGUGCUACUAACGGUCGUGAUUAUAGCGAGUAUGGAGCAGAGGGAAUGUGGGGAGCAGAGGCGGAAGAUAAGGGCUUGAAUGAGGGUGACGAGUUGAAAAAGGGGUUUGGAAAAUCGGAGAAUGUAAAGGUAGAGGCUACACUGGAGGAAUUGGAGCAGUCUUUAGCGGAUCUCGAGGAGACUAUUAACGAGGAUAAGACGAAGAGCAUAGGUCGCCUGGAUGCAGCAGAAGCUGAGCUGGCGCAGCGCGAAAGUGACCUGAAGCUGCAUGCACCUGAACUGAAGCAGAUGGCAAGCGGGACAGACCGCACAUUUCAGAGGGAGAUAGCUCAGAGAGGUAGCUCAGUGAACCUCAGUCAAGUUGCGGGGGAUGUGGAGCAGGAGGCGAGCCUGCUGCACGUGUGGCAGCUGAGUUGGCUCAAGGCGGGGUGGGUCCCCGUGGUGCUGCGAGGGGAGGAGAGCAUAAAAGAACACGGAGAAUAUAACGAGAUGUUGACACGAGCAGUGGAGGGGGCGGGGGGGUUGGCAAUGAAGGGGAGGGAAAGAGGAGGGGAGAAGGGGGGGAGAAAGGGGAGGGGGGGAAGAGGGGGUAGAGGGGGAAAUGGGGGGGAAGGAGGGGUUAAUGGGGGGGAAGGAGGGGGGAAUGGGGGGGAAGGAGGGGAGAAUGGGGGGGAAGGAGGGGGGAAUUGGGGGGGAAGGAGGGGGGAAUUGGGGGGGAAGGAGGGGGGAAUUGGGGGGCCCAUCGUGACUCGCUGGCUAGCCGUGGCAGCAGCAGGCGGGGGACUGUUUGCUCACUACGAUGUCAUCAACUUCGGGGUACCUCCCCCUGCCAACUGCCUUAUUGGACCGCUGUCCACUUAUGGGGAUCUGUUCCCCUUCAUGUUCUCCGGCCAGCCAGACGACUUUGCGCGCCUAGCCCAGGCGCGCCUACCACUGCCAAUGCAGGCAGCCCAUCCCGCCCCCAGUAUCACGGGGGUGGUGUCGCCUCGCUUCCGUUUCCCCGCUGUCAGGGGCAUUGUGCGCUGCUCCCCUGCUGCUCUGCCGCUCUUCCUUCAGCCUCCCAUCCUCCAGGUCUCUGCUCUCCUCUGCUCCCACUUCUCCCGAACCACAACCUUCCGAGCCUUCGCCAUACCUCCCCUCGCCACCGUACCUGCCGCCUUAGCCUCCCUCCGCUCCUCCCUCUCCUCCUGCCCCAACUACACUCUCCCCUCCUUCCCCCUCCUCCUCCCCCCCUCCCCUUCCAACCUCACCUUCCUCCUCCUCCCCCACCACAUCUCCCUCGCUCUCGCAACCGACUAUCUCUCUUACUCUGCCAACCCCCAAAACGCCCCUGCCUGGUUCAAGAACCUCUAUCCCGGCAUGCCCGUGCCAGCAGGCAUUUCUAACUUGGAAUUCCUACACGCUCUCACACACCACCUGCAGUCUCUUCCUGUCAAUCAAGAAGAUUCCACCACCGAUAACCGCCUCUCCCGGGCCGUAUCCCGGGUCCUAAACAUCCCCCUUACAGCAGCUCCGUUAGCAGUAGCAACACAGAAGCAGACAGUUGCUGUCGCACGAUACGACAUGGCGGGGGAUGUGAUAACCGUGUUACAAGCAGCGCUGGGGUUCAGGAUAGGCCGGGGGGAGGGAGAGGCGUUAGAGAAUGCUGUGAGGGCGGGGUGGGAGGCGACAAGGCCGUUUGCGUCGCAUGUGCAUGGGGAGGUGUUGGAUACGAUUCUGGGGCGCAACCUGGUGGAUGUGCGAUUGCUGCAGGCUGCUGGAGUGAGGGUGGACGAAGCAUUGGCUCGUGCCAAGGUGCUUGAUGGAUAG